AAUGUUCCACCGAAAUGAUUAGCACUUGUCAUUGCACAUUAUUAACAUAGCAUGUGUUUAGAUUCUUUAGAUGAUAUAUACGUACAAAUAUGAAAGUAUAAACAAUGGUGUAUGUAUAUAUAUAUAUAUAUAUAUAUAUAUAUAUAUAUGUAGUACUAGAUCCAGAGAGGUUGACAAUCAAAUCUAACUCAUCUUCCCAAUGGAACCAAAAUCUUUGAUAUUCGUCAUCAUCAUUAUCAUAGUCAUCAGCACUCCACUUCCUUCUCUCUCUUUUCAAUUCCCAUCCAACAAAACACCAACAACAUCAACACUAAUUUCUUCUCAAUACAAAACCCUAGCCCGCAACACAAUUCAGCAGCAGUUUCUCCGACCACACAACAUCUUACGAGCCAAGCUUCGUCUCCCUCCUCUGAAAUGGAGCAAUAGUCUCGCCCUCUACGCGAGCCGGUGGGCCCAAACCCGCGGUGGAGAUUGCAAACUUAUUCACUCCGGGGGACCUUACGGGGAGAAUCUCUUCUGGGGAAGCGGAAAAGGGUGGACUCCACGGGACGCGGUGGCUGCAUGGGCAUCGGAGAUGAAAUACUAUGACCGGAGGACUUACCACUGCAAGGUGAAUGGGGAUUGUUUGCAUUACACGCAACUUGUAUGGAAGAAGAGUUCGAGGAUUGGGUGUGCAAUCAGUUUUUGCAAGACCGGUGCCACAUUUAUUAUUUGCAACUAUGAUCCUCCUGGUAAUAUUGUUGGACAGCCACCCUUUUGAAUAUUGUCUACACUUUAUCUUUACCUUUAUUUUCCUCAACUACGUACACUUUAUCUUUAUUUAUGUAAAAUCUUGUUUUGAUU